CCCGUGCUGUGUGCCAGUUUCCAGCUGUCCGGCAGGAGCAUCACUCUCAGUCUUCGUGUUCCUCGACUUGAGCGAUGAUCAGAUCUCUCUUUCAGACCACUGCGUAGCGUAGCGUAGCCAUGGCCGUUGUUAACAGUUCUAUUUGAGCGUGCGUAUUUUCGUUGUUGUUGUUGUUUUAGAACCUUUAGGGCUCCGUCUGUCUUCGCAAUUAUUUCGGUCAGGCAGGCCGUGAUCUGUACACUUAUUUCGCAGAUUUCAAGCGCACUUGUUUGUUUUUUAUUGGUGUAAUCGUCGCUGCUGUCGGAAUUGUGAUGGCAUGGCGCAAGGUCCGAGAAAGUGUGCAGCUCUCGUCCUUGUGCAAGGGCUUGGGUUUGACGAGGACACCGGUUCACGCUCGAGGAGUGACAACUAAGGCCGAUCCCUUCACAACGAAUAACACUUCGGAUGAUAUUUUACAAGUAAACAACGGGGAGCAAUUGUUUUCCAAAUUGACCUCGAAGGAGCUGCUCAAAACGCUCUUGAAUCUUCAAUUGGUUGCGUAUGAGCCCGUCGUGGACUUGAGCAUCAAGAUUCUCACGUCUUCGUGGAUGAAAUCACCUCUGUUUAGGGCGGCAGUUGUUCCAGUGCUCGAUAAAACUGCUUAUUCCCACUUCUGCGCUGGAGAGAAUGUUGAAGCAGCCUCGAGAACAUUGGCAAGAAUGUGGGAGCUCGGGUUACGCGGCGUCAUGACCUACGGCCUUGAAGAUGCAACCGACAGCGAUUCCUGUGAUCAAAACCUGGAAAAGUUUUUGCAAGUUGUUAGACAGACCAGUCAACUACCGCCAGAAUCUGUAAGCAUGGCUUGUGUGAAAAUCUCCGCCAUUUGUCCCAUUCAAAUCCUUGAGCGUGUGAGUAAUUUACUCCGAUGGCAGCAUGUGAAGAAAGAUCACAAGCUUCCCUGGAAGCAAGAUGCAAUUCCUGUUCUUGCAGAAAGUAGUCCAACGUACCACGUUCAGUCGCCCCCCGAACCUUUGUCAGAAGUGGAAGAAAGUCAUUUGGCUCAUGCUCAUAACCGACUUGCAAAGCUCUGUCAGGCCUGUGAAUCUGAAGGUAUCCCUCUUUUGGUAGACGCAGAGUACUCUGUAGUGCAGCCAGCAAUUGACUACAUCAUCAACGUGGCUGCGUCCGAGUUUAACAGAGGACGCUUGCCCCUGGUAUACGCAACCAUACAAACUUAUUUGAAGGAUUCUUUCCCUCGACUCAGCCUUGCAGUAAAGAGUUCACAUCAUAGAGGUUUAUCUUAUGGUGUGAAAGUUGUGCGGGGUGCUUACAUUUCUCGAGAGAAUGCAUUAGCAGCUGCUUUGCGAGUUCCUUCGCCAAUUCAUUCUGACAUCGGAGCAACGCAUCGGUGUUACAAUUUUUGUGCGGGGUACAUGCUGGAGCAGGCAUCAUCGGAAGAUGUAUCUGUGGUACUUGCAACUCACAAUAUGGAAUCAGGACGGGCAGCUGCUGCUAAAGUCCAAGAGCUUGGGUUGUCGCGAGGAAACCCACGCGUGCAGUUCGCGCAGCUGAAAGGAAUGGCCGAUGUUCUAUCUUUGUCAUUGGCUCACGCUGGUUUCCGAGUAAGCAAGGUACUGCCAUUCGGAACCGUUCCCGAGUUUGUGCCAUACAUUGUCAGACGUGCGGAGGAGAAUCGUGGUCUUCUGGGCAACACUGCUAUUGAUCGCCAGUACCUAAGAGCGGAGCUCAGGAGACGGCUACAGCAUAGCCUCACAUCAUGAUACACUCACAACGAUUGGUUGCCUGCCACUUGAUUCGUCGUAUACUCAUGGCGCAAUUAUUCUUUCGAAGAACUGCAUUCUUCAAUGCAGUUCUGAGCGUGGUAUCAUUUACCGGUUUACUUCCGCUCAACCUUCCGCUUCCUUACUUUAAAUGUAAUUCUUUAGCCUGAAAUCAAAUGGGAGAUGGUGGGGAGAGGCGCCCCAAUCCGUACAUAUGCCUUCUGCACGUAAAAUACUCCACCUCCUUCGUCACGAAAACAUCUCGCCUUGUACUCUGUGUCUCUGGGAAGGCAGUGAAAAGCGAGGUAGUCUUUCUGGUUUAUUUUUCAGUUUUGAUUUAUAGCUCUCAUUGUUGGGCAGCAAUUUUAGAUGGUCAAAGUUCUAGGAUUCUAUAAUCAUUGAAGGUUGUUUAUUAUUGUUUUUUUAUUUUCUUUGAACGUUCUGUGUUAACGAGGACGCCCUGGUUGGUAUGAGGUAGCGCAUCCAAGCAUCUGGUGAGCAAUUAAUACACACCUCCAGUGAUAUUGAAUCACUCAAAUGAAAUGUAAAUGAACUAUGGCCAGGGCAGACGCUUCCACCAACGUAGCCUUUUGUAAAAGACGCAUCUCGAUCAAUAAAAGGGUCUAUUGUCUCCGUAAUA